AUGGAUACAAGAGACUUAAUUGAAAACCUCAAGGCAAAUCUGACUUGCUCUAUCUGCCUGGGCUACUUCACUGAUCCAGUGAUUGUCAAAUGUGGCCAUAACUUUUGCAGAGUCUGUCUUCUCAGGUGCAGAGAAGAAGCAGAUACAACAUUGAACUGCCCAGAAUGCAGAGGAGUCAUUGAAGACAGAGAUGUGGUGCCUAAUAGGAAGUUGGAGAAUCUGUCUAUGACUGGCAAAAGGCUCAGACCUCAUCUGCUUGAGAGCAUGGUGGACCUGUAUGUGUGUGAUCAGCAUGGGGAAAAAGAGAAGCUCUUCUGUGAAGAAGACCAGAGGCUCCUCUGUGAUUCCUGUGUAUUAGCCCCAGGGCACAAGGAUCACACAGUCCUUCCCCUGGAAAUGGCUGCUCACAAGUGCAAGGACAAGAUCAAGCACACCCUGAAUACCUUACAACGAAAAAAAGAAGAAUAUAAUGUUGCAUUGGACAGAGUGGGAAGGAGAGGGAGACUCUGUGGGAACGGUAUACAUUCUUUGAAAGAAUCGGUUAUUUUAGAAUACAGGAAAUUACGGGAAUUCUUAUGUGAGGAAGAAGAGCUCUAUCUACAAAGUCUGGACCAGAGACACACAGACAAUGUGGUAAAAUUGGAGAACAACAAGGCAAAACUGUUACAAAAAAUUCAAAAUCUGGAAAAAAUGAAAAUAGAACUAGAGGAGAAUUUGGACAAGGAGCCCUUGGAAAUGCUCCAGGAUAUGAAGGACACUUUGGCAAGGAAUGAGGAGCUGCUCCUUCAAGAACCAGAGGUUGCUUCCUUUGCCUGGGCCACCAGGCCCAUCACUGGCUUGACCAAGAUGCUCAAGAGAUUCCAGAGGGAUAUAAGUUUUGAUCCUAAAUCAGCCAAUCCACAUCUCAUCCUGUCUGAAGAUAUGAGGGGUGUCAAGUAUGAAGAUGUCCCACAGGACCUUCCUGACAAUAAGGAAAGAUUUAAUGAUGCUAUUGCUGUACUGGGGGCCCAGACCUUCACUUCAGGCAAACACUAUUGGGAAGUGAAGUUAGGAAAUAAGACAGAGUUGGUAGUGGGAGUCUGUAAAGAUUCAAUCAGGAGAAAAGGGAGACACUCCUCAUCAUCUAAGGAUUUUUGGAUCCUGGUAAGCUUCAGAUUGUGUAAUGAUUGUUUCCUCUGGAAUUAUCGGGAUGGCUUUCUUAUGAGCCAGCCUUUAGAGAAAAUGGGCAUUUUUCUGGAUUACGAUAAAAAACAUGUAGCAUUUUAUGAUGCUAUAGAUGGAUCCUUAAUUUGUAGUUUCUCAGACUUGGCCUUUGAAGGGCCUCUUCGCCCUUACUUCUCUUUUUGCCAUCGUAAAGAGAAAUUUCCAGCAUCAAUUGUGCUAAUUAAUAUGGGAGAUUCUCAGUGA